GCAGAUAAUUGCAUUGUAUGAUAGUAUUGUUGCGACCUGUGGUUACCGACUAUACCUACCGCGUCAUUAUCGCGUGAAUACUCUCUGCGAAAUAAAGGACGUAACGUGGACGUAACUUAGCAACCAAAAUACAAAUAACAUUCAAAUGUCAAGGUGAAAAUUACCUCGCAUUUUCAAGCUGCAGUUUCCUAGGUCCUUAGAGCGUUACUGUUAUAUUUUGUGCUAUUAGUUAAGUCUUCGGUAUGGAAAACUUAGAUAAUAAUGCUUGGGUAUUCGAUUCCCUUGUCGGAUUUCUACAUGGUCCAGUGUGGAAUGUUCCGCUACAGACAUUUAUAGAAGAAAAAUCGCUUCCAUUUGAACCAACGGACGACGGGGAAGUUCUCGAUAGACCUGAAUACAAAAAGAUUCAUGACGAAUACAAAAAUUUGGUGGACGUAAUGCUUGGUUCCUUUAUGGAUGAUAUUGGUAUCUCAGCUGAUCAGUUUGAAGCAGCAUGUCGACUAUCGGCCCGUGAUCUCGCUGGUCUCCCGACUUAUUUUCAUAAAAGGCUCUUUGAACAAAUUUGGGCGGCUAACGACUAUGAGAUGUUUGUUAAAAUGAUGACUCAUAAGAAUGUUGAGUUACAACUUCAGGCUUUAGAGCUCAUUGAGAAAAGAUAUGGUGCUAUGCCAAGUUUAUACUCAACCGACACUGAAGACUUCGAUUCGUCGCGAAGUGAUGAAAGCGCGGAGUGGCCGGAUAAUGAUGACGUUAUGAUAGAAAUAAAAAAAUUGCAGCUCGAUGAUUUCGAAGUAAAGGAUGAACCAACAGUGCUCCCGGAAGAGGUGAUAGCAGAAAAACAAACACUCUUAUCCAAACUUCAUAGUUUCGAGAAGAAAGAAGAGAAGUGUGUUACAUUUGCAGAUUCCCCGAAAGAGGAAAAACCUAAAAUUAAACAGAGUAUUAUUCCCUUACCUGCGCCAAGAAAGACCGAGGUAUCUGAGGAAGAAUUAAAAGCACGCCAAGAAUAUCUAAAACAACAGCGCGACAAGUUGUUAGCGCUAAAGAAGCAGGUCCGUGAAAAGCAGCUCGAUGCAGUUGAGACCGAAACUUCGUUUGGAGGCGGUGAAAUCUCACAAAAAGCGCAAAGGCCCAAAUCAGCUCGUAUGGCACAAGCGGCGCUAGCUGGGUCCGCCCCGGCCCCGCCCCCCGACGCAAUGCAACUACGACGGGCUCUAGCGUCCAAACUCAAAACCGAAGUUGUUGAUGGAACUUUCUAAUAUGUAUUCUUUCUAUUCAUAUGUGUGCGAAUAGGGCUGUAUGUAAGACCUCUCAGUUGUGUCAUGUAGUCAUUAAAUUAUUUGAAAAUU